AUGCGUAUAUCUGCAACUACCGGUAUGUUUUCCAUUCCAUCAAUGCUUCAUGGCUUCACGAAUGUCAAAAAUCAAAAUAUUCAGCAGAAUAUACAUGGUAACAUACCUCUUCUUCCAAGUGUUCUAGAACAAGAAGAGGCUGCGCGCAAAAAAAAGGAAUAUUCGGAUUUUAUAGAAGCACUGCAGUAUAAAAAUAGAAAAGUUGCAGAAAUACAAAGAAACUAUCCUAGUAUUAUUUGGGGCAUGAAAAUAGCUGGUAUUUCAGUGAUAAACCUCUAUAUAGACAACGAAAACAUUCGAACAAUAAUUGACAACUUUGAUAAAAUUGCAUCUGUUAAAUCUCUGCAUAUACAGAUAGAUAAUCCGCUGAAUACCAUUUGGAACAGAGCCAACCCGGUAUAUCAAAAUCUCAAAGAUCUGAUAGAUAAGAUAAAGACAAGCAAAAAUCAAGGCAUUAUUUUCACUGGGCUGCUACUAGAUGGUGAACUUCUAACUAGUUUAGCCCAAAACAUAUUUUUAAAUAGUCUAACUUUUUUUUAUUGUGCUCUCUUAAAUGACCAUAACCCGAACGAUAGUAUAUUUAUUGAAAGUCUUUACGAGUUUCUAAAUAAUUUUAACCAUCUUGAAACUCUUUCAUUUAUGCACUGCAAUUUACAUGAUAAAAUAAGUACUGACGAGGUGGCUACAUAUUCUAUUAAUAUGCAAAGAAACAUUAUAAAUACACGCAGGAAUCUACAGGAUAUUGAGCUAAUUAUCGAGGGCGAGUCAGAGCACAUAAUUGUUGGGCUUCUUUUGUUAACACACUCUGUGAAAAAGCUUUCUAUAAUAGAAAAUAGUCUUUACAGCUUGAACUUUCUUAACCGUGAAGAUAUAUUCUCUGCUAUUGCUAACAUGCAUGAUUUGUCAAUUAUGCGGGAGACAAAGCUGAGCUAUUUUGACAUUCAAAUAACGCGGAUCAUACCCAAAUUGCGAAAUUUGACUCUGAUAUGCAUAAACCCAAACAUAAAAAUUGCAACUUGGUUCUUUAUGUAUGAGCUAUAUACUGUAACUCAUCUAGUAAUUGAUGAGCACUUGUUUGAGCAGCUUGGGCACCAGACCACACUUUUUAUAAGAAACAAAAGGGAGAUAGCUGUCUACAGUAAUAACAAGAUCAUGCCAGAUUAUCUGCGCUUAAAAAUAACAAGCGAGCCAUUUAACUCUCUAGAUACAGAUCUUACACAAAAUGUAAUCCGGAUGAAGAUCCAGAUAUUUGUGCCAGAAUCUGCCAAAGAUGACAAGAAUGUUAAAAUAAUCCUGCCGCGAUCACUGAGCACUGCGAUUUUAUCUGUUGAGGUAUUUUCAGAGCAAAUAAGGAAUAAUCUUUUCUUGCCAGCUCUGAUUAGAUCAAUCAUCACUAGCUACCAGAACAUUAAAAUGCUUUCUGUCUUCUUUUCCUCUCCUGCUAAGCAGAGCGAAAUAGACGUGUCAGUCCUUAAACAGAUGGAAAGUUUAACACUUUUCACGUUUAACAAUCUGACAAACGACACAAUCUUUAGCUAUAAAGCAGAAAGUGGGUGCUUCACAAAGGGAAAGCAGUGUAAUACGCUCUCUAUGAACAAAGAGAAUAACGAGUGGAAGUCCCUGAUUGAACACCCGAACUACAUUCUGUACAUAGUGGAUGCGCGCUAUUUUGGGGCUUGGAUUAAGAUAAAUACUAUUCCUAAUUGGGAAAACGCUCCAUCUACUAAGCUAGCCUGUCUCCCCACUCCAAGUUUCAUACCUGAACAGAGACAGAGAUAUAUUAAUGUAAAGAGACAGAUUGCUUCAAGAAGCUCUGAUACAGAUCUAAAGGAUUUUAUACAAGCGAACAAAUACUGCUGCGCCCCCCAAUGCAAGAAUAAGAUUAUUGAAAUGCCUCUCAUGGGGCCCUAUAGAAAUAAUCUUAUUCAUCUGUACAAAAAAAGCCUAGAGCGAUAUAAAUAUCACUUUGUGAUUCUCUCAUGUGGGCAUUACGUGUGCAUAAAGUGCGCGCACAGCUUGAAAAAAGCUUCCUGGCCCGCUGUCAUAAUGGCAAAAUGCGUCAUUCCUGUCUUUACAUGCAUUACUAAUCCUAAACAGUAUAUAUUUGGAAAUUCUAAAGAAAAAAAGGCUGAAGAGAAAAAUAAAGAUGACAAUGCAUCAGGCAAGAUAAAAAUCAACUGCCCACUAGAUAAUUGCAUAAAUAAGUAUAAAAAAUCUUGGUAUUACUAUACAGAUGACAUUAGCUAUGUGCCAAAAUAA